GCAUAUGGCAUGUGGCAAAUGUUGAGAUGAAAUGCGGGUCGCUGCUCCUCCCUCGUUGUUCUCGUUACUCAGUCGUUGUAUGCAUUCUGCUGGCAGCGGUACGCGUCGUCGUCGAUCGAUUGUGUUGGUGUGUGCAUUCCAGUGUAAGCCAGUAAUAAGCUGUAGCACCACCCAACGAGGAAGUCAUCAAAACAGUCAUGGACUCCAACCAGAGUGCAGUGAUCGCGGCAUUGCGACACGAUACACCAAACCGACCCAGAUCCCUCUCCCAGGGCACAUAUGGAAGCCUGGGCACUACAGAUGAUAUCAUCAUUGCUGUGGAUGUCAAUGAAUCUUCGCCACUGCUGGACAAAGCUGCAGCAUCAGCAUCAGCAUCACCCCCACUGAACCACACAAAAGACUGCCUCAAUUGGCGCUCUGUGGGUUUGCUGGCGAUGUGUUGUUGCGCUCUGGGAUUGGCUGCCUAUUUGCUCUGGAGACAAACCCAACUGCCCGGCCUUGGGUAUCGACUGAGUCUGAUCGAGCACGAUAUCUGGAGCGACAUGAAGCUGCAUGGCCAGGGCAGGCUGUUGGAUCCGUUUGCCGUUGUUUCUGUGUACUUUACCCACACGGCCAGCGAUGGCUGUACCGAGGACUGCCUGCAGCUGCUGCACAGACUGCAGAACCACCGCUUGGAGGAGCUGCCCUACAACUUUCUCAUAGCCGGCGACUGUCAGGCCUUCGAGGCACGCGGCUGGCAGUAUGAGAGUAGCUUUGCGAAGCUGCCCCAAGCCACGUCUCUGGUGGUGGCAUUUGUGGGUAACUUCAGCCAGAGGCCGCCCAGCGAUUGCCAGAUGCAGACAGCCCAGGCACUGCUGCUGGAAUCGCUCAAGCGACGGAGACUCCAACCGGCAUACAAACUCUACGUGGUGGGUGAAGCGGAGGCAGCACAGCAGCAGCUGCAGCUCUGGCCACGCUACGCUGGAACGGGAGUCAGACAUAGUUCCAAGUGAUUCCUCUCGUUUAUUGUACGCCAAAGAGACAAAUACUAGUUUACAAAAGAAGCAGGAAGCAAGAUGAGUAAAGCGGGGUGCCACCGAAAAGCGAAGCGGAGGUCCUCUGGAGGUCUAUCUCCCGAGGGACCGGCAAAGCGAUGCGCUGCGUGAACGGAUGAUGCCUAAGACUAGCAACUAAAACUAGAACUAGGGUGGGUGGUGCCACCCCCCACCCCGAGGUGGACCUAUGAGCUAGUCAAACUCCAGCUUCCGAAAGCUGCCCUCGAUGGACUCGAUCUGUGACACGAAAUUCGGCCCGGCGCCGGUCUUCUCGGAGUUGAAGCUGCUGCGCCGCUGAAUGCCGCGAUCCGAGAGCAGGAUGCACUUGUCCAGGCCCAGCACCAGGUCCCGCUUGGCGGCCAGCUCCUGUUUCCACAGACCGAUCAUCUCACGCAUCGGCAUUGUGCCGCCCAUCUCCAGGGGCAGGCAGCCGGCAUCGACGGCCUUCAUCAGCUCCUUCUCGCUGCCGUAGAUGAUGAGGCGGUUUUUCAUCUUGGAGCUGACGCGAUUCUUCACGAAAUCUAUGAGCCACUUCAGCGUGGAGGGCACAUUGAUCAGGUGGAUCUCCUUGUGGCGCAUCGGCAGCGACUGCUCUCCCCACUUGAAGAUGCGUGCAAAUUCCGUGGGAUUCCAGUUGGUCACAUGCGCCGUGGAGACGCCCGAGAAGUCGCCCACAUGCGACAGCCCUGUGAUCUGUGUCUCCUGGUCCUCCAUCAGGCACUCGUAGGUCAGGAAGUGGGCCUUCGCCUGGUCGGCAGCUGUGUGCACCUUUGGAUUCAGUCCUUUGGCAUUGAUGAUCACCACCCGCCGGCCGUGCUUGUCCCGCUGCGGCACAGCGAAUAUGUACCCCUGGUCGAUGAGAUCCCCCAAUCGCGGCUCCAGAUAGUCCAGCUGCGUGCUCAUGUGCGGGAAGGUGCGUCUGAUAUUGAGGUACUUGAGCAUUGUCUGCUCCGCCAUCGGCACGCUGAAUUUCUUGGCGCGCAGAAAGCGCAGCAGGAACGUAUCGUCACAGCGCACAUUCUGCAGGUCCUCGUUCUUCAUGACCCAAUUCCUGAGCUGCUCCAGGCUCUGUUCCCUCGUGCAUCUGUCCUCGCGCAGCUCCCGCUUGGCGAUCUUCAGCAGCGACUCGGGCAGCCCCAUCACAGAGGUCUCUCCUUGAUCCUGCAUCAGUUUGGUUUCCUUCAUCUCUCUCGUUGUGGAUGGGAGCUGGUCGCUGUCUGUGUGGGUGUGGGAUGCGUUCAGGCUUUGAACAUGGAUUGUGGCAGCUAAAGAAUGGAACAUAAAAAUAAAUUUAAAUUAAAUUUAAUGCUUAAAUGGUUCAAAUCAAAGAAUUUCUGGCGCAUUCCGCUUAGCAGCUGCAGACCAAACUAAUUAAUUCUUUAUAGCAGCAAACAAUCAGACAUUCAUUCAUUCAUUCGUUUUAAUUCCAUGACAAUACACAGUAAAAGGGCCAACUAAAAAUUAGUUCAAGGUCCCAGUUCAAGAUCUCAAGGCGAAACCCUCCAACCGACCCACCGACCGACUGAUCACGAUUCGCUGUAAUUUGCAAAUAUUUGCUAAUUAAAGCACACAAGAGACAACAACCCAAUCUAAGCAACCAACCAACCAACCAACCAUCCAAACCAAAUGCAAAUGGACAAUAUAUUUUUUUAAAACAGCAUAAAUUAUUUUCUCGCCUGUGCAGCCCGAGUUUUUUUUUCUCUUGCUUUUUCGGUGCUUUGUCUGCUUUGGUGGAAGACAUAAACUAUAAAAAUGGCCUGG